AUGAUCGUCAAUGUGCCGAAAAAUAUUCAUCGGUGGCUACAAAUCCUCGUCAACGGCGCGGCAGAGAAGUGGACGUACGCGAUAUUCUGGCGGUCGCUGGAGGCGGGGUUCGAAGGGCAGGCGGGGCUGGCGUGGGGCGACAGGUAUUACAAAGGGGACGUUGAGAAGCCGACUGCAAGGCGUACGUCCUCGUCGGAGAUAGUGGCGGAGCAGGCGCGGCAGAAGAGGAUUUUCCGGGAACUCUACGCUUUAGUUGCCACCCCCGCUGCCAGUAGAGAUGCCAUCGACGAGGAAAUCACGGACCCGGAGUGGUUCUUUCUCAUCUCCAUGAACCAAUCCUUCCAAAACGAUUCAAAUCUUUCGGGUCACACGUUUUACACGUCCAACCGGGUAUGGAACUCAGGCGCCAGAGAACUGGAUUCCUCGCCGUUUGAACGCUCCAAACAGGGAAAGCGAUUAGGGCUACAAACCAUGGCCUGCAUCCCUUCGCAAAACGGCGUCGUAGAGCUCGGCUCCACGGAUUUGAUUCUCCAAAACGACGCCCAUUUGAUUAACCAAAUUGGGGUUUUGUUCAACUUUGACGAAAAUAAUGAUACUAAUAAUAAUUCUGCAAUGGGUUUAACCUCGAGAAACUCCUGCCAGAGCAAUCCGAGCACGAUGGGCGAGGCCUGAAUGCUUGAUGAAGGAUCGCCGGCAUAUUGACGAUCAUAGGAUGG